AUGAAGAAGAAAGGCGUCGACGAGUUCCCGUUCUGCGUCCACCUCGUCUCCUGGGAGAAGGAGAACGUCUCCAGCGAGGCUCUCGAGGCGCCUAAGUCCCACUUCUGUCGCGGAGUCCCCGACCCGAAGAUCCGAAUCUACGACGUUGGCAUGAAGAAGAAAGGCGUCGACGAGUUUCCCGUUCUGCGGGAGAAGGAGAACGUCUCCAGCGAGGCUCUCGAGGCGGCGCGUAUCGCGGGUAACAAGUACAUGGCCAAGUUCGCCUGGAAAGACGCGUUCCAUCUACGCGUUAGGGUUCAUCCUUUCCAUGUGCUCCGCAUCAAUAAGAUGCUCUCGUGCGCUGGAGCCGAUAGGCUUCAGACUGGUACGAGGGGGGCGUUUGGGAAGCCUCUUGGGACUUGCGCUAGUGUUGAUAUCGGACAGGUGUUGCUCUCUGUGAGGUGCAAGGAUAGCAACAAGAACAAUGCUUGUGAGGCUCUCAGGAGGGCUAAGUUUAAGUUCCCCAGUCGCCAGAAGAUCAUUGAGAGCAGGAAGUGGGGAUUUACCAAGUUCAACCGUGUUGACUAUGUGAGAUUGAAGUCAUAGAAACACGUCCUUCCUGAUGGUGUCAAUGCUAAGGUUUCACACUCUUAUGGUGUUAUCUACUGCAUUAUUUGGCAAACCUGCCUUGCAGAAUCUCAUUUGCAAUGGACUUGUACUUGCUGAGGACGGAA